CCGGCCGUCCCGCCGUGCCCGGCCGGCGCUCCCUCCUCCCCCCGCUGCUGCCGACGUGGCGGGGCGGGGACGGAGCCGGGGGUGCGCCGCGACGGACUGCAGAGCGAAUUGAAAAUGUCUGAAGACUUAAGUGAUGGCAUCCCAUCUGAAGAAAAACCUGAAGUAAUGGAAAUGCCCAGCACAGAUGUAUUGCCUCAGGAGUCAGUACUGCACCCUGUGGAAGCUGAGAUCCUGCCUGCGUCCUCACAAGAUGAGCAGGGACAGGCCACUGAGGGUGCCAGUAAUGGACAGAAGGGAGAUGUAUUUAUUAAUGAAAAUCCUUUGACUGAAGAAAUAGCUGAAAGUCUGCCUUCCAAUGGAGAGGUGGCUGAAGACAUGCCCACUGAGUGCAUUGAGACUGUAAGCCUUGAUACAGAACCUGAGCCUGAAGAAACAGUGCCUGAACAAAGUAGUUCAGCCACAGACUCAUCUAAAGCAAGUAGAUGGGGAGCUUGGGGUUCCUGGGGCAAGUCUCUCCUGUCAUCAGCUUCAGCCACAGUGGGUCAUGGGAUAACAGCAGUAAAGGAAAAAGCAGGAACUACCCUAGGAAUUCAUCAUGCAAGUUCAGCAUCUUCAGAAGCAGCAGAGCAUCCUGCGGCUGAAACAUCACUUACACCAGAAGAUUCUCCUGACCAAAGCUCUUCCGAGAAUAUUCCUCCUUCUUCUUCAUCUGGAUCUCGUGGGAUGUUGUCAGCUAUCACUAAUGUUGUACAGAACACAGGGAAAAGUGUAUUAUCUGGAGGCUUAGAUGCUUUGGAAUUUAUUGGGAAGACAACCAUGAAUGUUCUUGCAGAAAGCGAUCCUGGAUUUAAGAGAACAAAAACACUGAUGGCAAGAACAGUUUCUCUGUCUCAGCUGCUGCGAGAAGCUAAAGAAAAAGAGAAACAGAGACGGGCCCAGCAAGUUACAGUUGAAAGAACAGCACACUAUGGACUGCUUUUUGAUGAGUUCCAGGGUUUGUCUCAUCUUGAAGCUCUAGAAAUCUUGUCAAAUGAAAGUGAAAACCAGAUUCAGUCAUAUUUGGAAACGCUUGAUGGAGAGCAGCUGGAGGUUGUGAAAAAUGACUUAAUUGCUAUAAAGGAGAUUUUUCUUCCAAUGGAAUCGGAUGAAGUGGUACAGGCACAGAAAGCAGAUAUGGGAGAAGAGUUUGUCAGCAUGCUCACCGAGCUGCUAUUUGAAUUACAUGUGGCUGCAACUCCUGACAAACUGAACAAGGCUAGGCAGAAAGCUCACAAGUGGCUGGAAGAAACCAGUUUAUCCACCUCAGCAGACAUAGAAGAGAAACUGAAAGAAAAACCUGGAGAACCUGAUGAAGAAAAACCUGAAAAAGGAAAAGACAAAAUUGACAAUGAUCAAUCAGAAGCAAAUAAAAGCAAAACUGUGGAGGAAAUCUACAUGCUGUCCAUUGAAAGUCUGGCUGAGGUAACUGCUCGUUGUAUAGAACAGCUUCAUAAAGUAGCAGAAUUAAUUCUACAUGGGCAGGAAGUAGAAAAGACAGCUCAAGAUCAAGCAAAAGUACUGACAAAUUUAACAAGUGCUAUGUGCAAUGAAGUUUCAUCUUUAUCAAAGAAGUUUUCUGAUUCUUUAACAGCAGCUGGGAGCAAUAUGAAGGCAGAGAUUCUUACCCCCAUCAUUGACAGUGUAUUAUUGGAGGGCUGCAACAGUACUACUUAUAUUCAGGAUGCUUUCCAGCUAUUGCUUCCAGUGCUGCAAAUUUCACAUAUCCAGACCAGUUUGAAAGCACGAGAGUGAUGGUCUCCCAGCAGUUGUCACUUCUGGGCUUAACAGAGACCACAGACCUAAUCCCUUUCAUGCGUGCGGAUGGAAGAGGUGGUAUGGAAGAUGUCUGGCCUCCAAGAGUCUUCUGAAGGCACACAAUGUGGUUUUGCACAUGCCAUAUCAAGCAACAUCUUAAAACUCUUUCAGACUUUUAGACUUCAGAAACAGUUAGGAAAGUGAGUUAUUUCUUUUCCAUCAGGGUAUAUACCCUUUGCAUUAAUUUAAAUUGGAUUAAUGAUUUAUUGGUAUUGACAUAAAAACAGAUUCCAAAUGUUGACCCUUGCGUUUGUACACAACAUACGAAGCAAAUUAGAAUGCAAAGUUCUUUAAAACAAUUCAACCCAAAUGAUAAUUUCCUUUGCUUGCUUCCUGUCAGUUAAAAAUGUGUAUUUCAAAAGGUGCUUUCAGUAUUUAAGUUUAAUAUUAAGUCAAUAUGAACAAUAGUGUUGCGCUUGUUAAAUAUUAUUUACAGUAGUAAAGGAACCUCGUAUAAUCUCACCACUUACAUAACACUUUGUGUUCAAGGAGUUGCACAGUAAUAGGCACUAACUUUGCUGAGUUAAAAUUCUGGAGGAUGCAUACAGAAUUAUACUAAUAAGAAAUGGGGGUGAGACAGAAAUUUUACCUUUUAAUUAAUUGACAGCGGCUUAUGAAACACCCUCCAAAAUAAUCUCCUGUCAGAUGUGUUACCAGGUUACCAUUUGGGGUUCUAAUUUGGUGCUUAAAUGUUAUGAACCUUUUUACCAAAAGGAGUUACAAACACUGAUGAGUCAGAAGUAUCGUUUUGGGGCACAACAGUGAAGUUGUGAAGAGAGGUGGUGAGACAAUUGCUGUGGGUAUGUUGGAACAGUCACCCUUUUUUUGAGGCAGUGACUUGACAGUGCAGCUGAGCAGCAGGAAUGCUGCAGAAUAACGCUAACAGCUGUGAUAACUUCACAUGCUCUUAGCUUAAAAUCCUGAGCUGUGAACCUCAGUGUCUCUUUAGCCCAGUUUACAUCCAAAGACAGGAAGACCCUUCCAAUAUUUUAUGUAGCCUGUUCUCCUGGAUUUUUAUUACAUUUCUCACAGCUGUGUUUUUUUUUUUCCUCCCAAUACACUCAUGAAUUGUAUUGAAAUAUUUUUUAAUUGUAGCUAACAUCUGAAUAUGUUUAGUCAUAGCUGCAUAGUUCAUACGUUGUAAAAAUAAUGGAACAGAAGUAGUAAUUUCCUGUUUGUUAGAAAGAAGAAACCAUGUAUCUGCUUUGUAUAUGGUGAGUCCACAGAAGAGAUGACAGGAAGGUUUGUUUGUCUUACGCUGUUGGCCCUGGUCUGCAUUGUGACUGUAGGGAAGGAUGAAGUUUUCACCAUCUCUGCAGUCAGUUUGUUAUGCAAAAUGUAUUUUCUGCCGCUCUGUAAUUUUAAAACAGCUUUCUGGGAAAGUAGAAAGUGUACAGCCUUCAAAUCCACUUGCAUAGAAUGUGUUUUAAAAAGUUCUGGGAGCAAAAGCAAGCAAACCCAUUGGCAGCCGGAAAGGGAAAGAAAGUUUGACAUUUAUUGGUACUUAUGCCAUACUGAACAGCUGACUUCACUACAAUGUGUUUGUUUUUUUUU